CGUAACACUAGACAUAACAAAAGAUAGAAAUUUGAAAGAAUACCAAGAUUUAAAAUUUGUCGAGUUUUCCCCCUCUCUCUCCAUUCCCAAUUCACGUAUAUUUCCAAAGUGCAAUUCAUCAAAUUGAGUCGAUAAUUGAAUGUGUCGCGAUCGUUCCACGAGCUCUGUCAUUUGAUCAUGUCGUUAGUGGUUGAUGACUCUUGUGACUAAGCCAUUAACAGUAGUUUCAAGAAAGUCCCUUUUUUUUUUCUUUCCUAUAAGCUCCCAAAGAAAAAGUUUGGUUUUGUGCUUUAGUGCAAUCCCCCAAAGGUGUCGCUCACUCCUCCCUCCGUCGUGGAGCAUGGCGACAAAGACGGCUGUCCUGUCCCCAAGCAAAAAUUACGCCCCCUAGGUUUCAACUAAAAUGACAAAGAACAGAUGCAAAUGUCCAGCACGAAAUUAACUGGUCCGAGAUUGGUCUACCGCAUUGGAACACGUUAAUGCCCAAAGAUUGGCGAUUCCAAAGGCCCAACAAGACGACAAAAGCCUCCGGCCCAACGACGCCUACACUGGCACCGGCCCGCCAACAGCCACUCCCCGGCCACGGCCGGUCAGAUUCCAUCUCUCCCGCGCCAAAACAAAUGCUGGAAAACAAACACACCAACGUCUAUUAAUUCAUUCCUCCCUCUUCCCUCCUUACCGUGUAUCAUCAUCAUCAUCAUUCAUCGAUCUUACCAUUGACGACGACGAUGAUGAUGAUGGCCAACAAGAAGCAGAAGACGACGACGGCGGCGGAAUCGCCGCUUCCGGAGGACAUCAUGGUCGACAUCGUGGCGCGGAUGCCGGUGAAGUCGAUCCUACGGUUCAAGUCCGUGUCCAAGGAGUUGGGGGCGAUGGUCACGGCGCCGCAUUUCAUCACCACCCACCUCCGUUACGCUACGUUUAACAAUAAAUCCGCCGUCACGGCUCCCAGCAGCUACAAGAGAGUAACCGGCGGGACGUUGCCAGCCCCCGUCACCACCCACGGUACUGCUCGGAGUUCUGUUUCGACGGAGUAUGAUGGCGGCGUCGUCUAUCGAUCGUUCCAGGGAUGAUGAUACUGAUGAUGAUGUGAUGUGCACAAUUUUUUGGAUGCCAUUUUUUUUUUAUUAUUAUUGAAAUUAGUCCUAUACAUUGAUCAAAUUGAUUGAUUUUUAAUCGGUAAUAACAGUAACGGCACUAUGCUGCUUUGAUUUUUUUUUUUUUAAUUCUGGAGAUCGGUUUGGUGAUUUGUGUUCAUGUGUGAUCGUAGAACGGAGAGGGAGCUAGCCGCUAUUGUCUUCCCUUUUUCAGCCUCUGCUAUCAUAUUCAUUCUUGGUUGGAAAUCUUUUUUUGCUUCAUGAAAAAAUUGAUGGCGACUUCCAAGCAUUAAUUUGUUAUUUGGGAAUGAUGGCUAACAAAAUCGAUUCGUCUGCCUGGAUUUAUAAUUUGAUUUUAUUGAAGGCCAGAAUAUAAUCGACGAAUAAUUCUCAAUGGAAAAUGCACAUGAUCUCCAUAUGUUCCUUAUGAUUAUUAUCACAAGCAUAAUAUUUUGCAAUCCCGCAUCGGUAUUAGCGGAGUAAAUAUGUUUGGUCGCGGACAAGAAACUCUCAUUUGGACCAGAAGGCGCUAUAGGCAUACAAUUUAUACACUCCCCAUUGGACAUGGGAAGAUAUACUGUCUUUCGUUGAAGAUUUGAAGAAAAAAAAUCUGAUUUUGCUUCUUACGCUUCAAAAGUAUGAAAAGAAUUAUUAAAAUUGACAAAUUAUAUUGAUAAAUCUUGAAUAAUCAAGCAACUCGAUAGAAAUAUUAUACUAAGAAAUGAUAAAUCUAGACCUACAAGGUGUAAAUUAGUUCGAUUUGGUUAUGGGUAUGCAAUUAUUUGAUCCGGAUGGAAUCAUUGCACACCCCUAAAUUGGAUGAUGAUGAAAUGAUUGUAUUGCUAUUGUACUAGCUUGUAACCCGACCCGUUGGUCGGAGGAGCUGAGCCGAAUAUUGAAUUAUUGGGAUAACCCGUAGAUUCAACCAUUAAGCUAAAUUGGUCUAAUGGUGAGUACCGCCUAGCAUAUCCCUAAUAAUCAUACCAAAGUGAAUAUAUUGGAACAUAAACAGUACAUCAAAAGUUGGUACAACCAUGAAGUUAGACCAUUAAAAACAUACCAAUGAAAUUGAAUAGCAUCGAAAAACUUCAACUUCAUUAUAUAAUUACAUGAGAUCAGAAAGAGAACACCAUUAAUUUGAUUUAUAAAACUUUCAUCUUGUCGUCAUUGUGCUUUCUGGUUUUUGUCAGGCCAUGAUAAAAUCUAAGGAAAUCAAGAACGAACAACACGAUUUGGGAAAGGAACCACCGUUGUCGUAUUCCUAGAGAAUGGUGGUAAACACGGACUCACCUGCCAAAGUGGUUUGGAUUGAGAUUUUUAUCGGGUAUCAGGGAACCAUGUGAUUAUAAAUUAGACUUGAUCAAAAAGGGCCAAAACUUAAAAUUCAGCCUGUUUGACCGACCCAUGCAAAAUUCUAAUUAUUCGUUACUUUUAAACUUUCUAUUUGAAAAUAAAAAAUAGUGAAAGAAAAUAGAUGACUGCAAUUCGCCAUUUGCACAUCACUUAUUCGGGAAUAAAACCAUAGAAAUUCA